CGUAUUCAAUCCACGUAACUACAAAUGCCACCAAAAGCAAGAGGAAGAGGAGGCACACGCGCCCGUGGAGGAGGUAGAGGAGGUGCAGCCGGAAGCAGGUCCACAGCCGCCGCUAGCGAGCCUACAGAGACAGAGGCCCCGCAAAGCACAGCUGCGCCAAAUACAGUUGAAGCUCCAACGCAGCCUGUACUACCGAAACAGGAAGACGAGGAUGAUUCGAAACCGCCAACCACGGGUGAGAAUGUCUCAGCGACUAUUGAGUCACAGGCAUCGCCAUCGGUAGCCGCCUCUGCGGCUGCGUCCCCUCAGGGUGGCACAGUAUCAUCAACACGCGCCCCAGUGCAGAGACUUGGCAGUCUCCAAGGCGCAAUACCACCUUCGCGUUCCGCUUCACCCUCCGUACGCGGUCGCGGUAGCGCCGUUCGAAGCAAGCGGGGCAUGGUCAAACCUACAUUCACAGGCCGACGGAGUAAAGAAGAGCGAGAAGCGAUCGCAAAGGAACAGAAGGAGCGUGAUGCCCUACGAAACGCUGAGCGUGAUGCUGCAAUAGAGAAGAAGGCAAAGGACGAAGCAUCCAAGGCGAGGCGAGAAGCGAAAAGUGCGCUCAGAGCAAGAGGCGGGUUCGGUGGUGCAGUGAGCGGACCUUUUUCGCUGGGCAGUUCUCGAGAAGACAGGAAAGGCAACCCAAACCGCGGCCCUUCGGGCUUCGGAUCUGGAUCAGGCUCGCGAGCAGUGCGCAUCAAGAACGACGGUGACGGCCAGGCAGGUCCAAGCCACCGCUCCGGUGGAGGUGGAGGUGGAGGACGUGGUUCCUCGAUCAAAAGAGAAGACGGAGGCUAUGUCUCCUCCUCCGAAGAAGACGACGCCGAAUUCCCACGCAAAGACAUCGAUCUCAUUGAAAUCUCCUCCGAUGAAGACGACGCUACUCCUGACACGGCCCCUAAGCCGCGCGCGUCAAGGACGGCACUACCUGUUCGCAUCGGCAGGAAGGAGCAUCAAGAACGCACAUUCGGUAUCAACACAGAAGCAAGCACAGAGACUUCAGCUAAGAUAUUGGAACAAGCGGAGGCGACUGGUCAGGCAAUGACACCCGCUGCUUCAGAGCAAGUUUCGCGCAAGGGCAAGGCAAAGGCGAAAGACGUCGAGAUCACAAGCGUACGGAAGCCGUUUAGGGGAGUAUGGCAGGAUAACCAGGACUCCGAGGUCUCAGUCAAGGCAGAAGCUAUCAGUGACGACGAGAACAUGGCAGAUGCGGAGCAAGUCGGCAUCGCCAAACCUCUAACCCAACCGAUAGAGCAGCAAGGACCAUCAUCGCCGGACGCCGAGAGGAAACCUCCAGUGAAAGUAAUAUCCGCUACAGAGCCGGUUAUGCAGACUGACGAAGAUCGUGCCGAGUGGGCGCGUUUUCAAUCCAAUCUUCGCCACAUUCGAGCCGAGCUGGGUCCAGAAGAGGUACCCGCGGUGGAUGCAUCUGGGGACAUGAACAUGGCCGACGCAGCGACAAAUGAUAAGAAGCCGACCGUACGCGAUAAUAACGUAUACCUCUUUCAGAUACCGCCGCUCAUGCCCGAGUUACAAUCUCCAUCCAUCAAGAAGGAGCCGUCAGACGCACAGAACACUACAGCUUCAGCACUCCCGCAAGCCAUAAAACCAGAGCCCAAGGUCAAGCUCGAAGAAGGAGGCUUUUCCGACCCUUCAGCGAAAGCUUCUUCUGGGCCACGCUUUGCUAGCGGCCAAGUCGGCAAGUUACGCGUACGCCAAUCUGGCCGGACAACGUUGGAUUGGGGGGGCACAAGCUAUGAGCUCACACCUGGAAACAAGGCUUCCUUUUUGCAGGAGGUAGUAUCCAUCAACGUGGUGCCAGAAACGAGUCGUGUGGUCCCUGAGGAUGCCGGUGAAGCUGUGUCAUUUGGGCGCGUCAAAGGGAAAUUCGUCGUUGUGCCGGAUUGGGAGAGUAUGCUGGGGUAAGACGGGGAUGGAGGAAGCGGGGAGCGUUGAAACUGGGGGAGGGAGGAGGGAGGAGUCAUGGAGCAGCAUGGUAAGGCGUUUGGGACGCAUUUACUGGCGUUAACGACGGACGACAAUGUCCAAGACGACAUGAUGAGGGUCUGUAAAGGUCUAUGACGCCCUUCCAUCUAGGGAAACUCAAUCCAAGUCAGAUUCACGUGAGGAGUAUAUGUGUCCUAUUUACCUAAACAAGUAGGAUCUCUUGAAGGAACAGAGUCUACCAGGGGAUGGUGAGAAAGUUCUAGUUAUACAACACCUGAGGAACGAAUGAUCACAGAGC